AUGGCAUUAGAGUUUGAAGACCCGACAGAAAUUCUAACAUGUCAAGAUGACGAUUUUCUACUUAGUGCUAGGUUAGCAGAAAAAACAGAAGAAGACUACGACACCAAUUUGAUUUCACCAUGUGAAUGUCGUGGUUCUGUACAGUUUGUGCACUCACAAUGCUUGCAACAUUGGUUUGACGUGAUGCAUACACGACGCUGUCAAAUCUGUAAAGCAGAAUACGAAUUGGAGGACCGUGGUAUGAAGCCUUACACUGAAUGGUCACUGCCUCAGCCAUUGAGCGAUGAUUGGGAAGACCAACUAGAUUAUAAAUGCGCUAUAUUUUGGCUUGUUUUCAUGUCACGUAUCACCUAUAUUUUACUCAAGUUAGGCACAAUGUUUAAUAUAAUCUUCCCAAAUUCUUUACAUGGAAUCAACGAGACACGCUCAGCUAUCAUUCACAUCGUAGGCGGCGGUAAAUUUUAG